AUGGCCAAACAUCAUCCUGAUUUGAUCAUGUGCCGUAAGCAGCCAGGAAUUGCUAUCGGACGAUUGUGUGAGAAAUGUGAUGGCAAGUGUGUGAUAUGCGACUCUUAUGUGCGUCCAUGUACACUUGUCAGGGUCUGCGAUGAGUGCAACUAUGGAUCAUUUCAAGGUCGAUGUGUCAUAUGCGGAGGAGUAGGGAUUUCAGAUGCUUACUACUGCAAGGAAUGCACACAGCAGGAGAAAGAUAGGGAUGGUUGCCCCAAGAUUGUUAACUUAGGUAGUGCCAAAACUGAUUUAUUCUACGAACGAAAGAAGUAUGGUUUUAAGAAAAGAUGA